UACGAAAAGUUCAUUGAAUUUUACUCGUUGCGUAAUCAAAACACUCGGCCUUCGAUAGUCUUAUCACUUCUGUCUUUUUGUCCCAAUCGUCGCCCGAAAAAGCAGCAGAAAACGUUCGUUUCCGAGGUUUGCCCUUAGCCGGAGGCAUCUCAAAAACAGGCCCUUCCUGGACCGAAGGAGUGUUUUGACCUUCGCUCCAAGUUCAUUCGUAACCUUUUAGUUGUGUUUUUGGAAUGCUGCGCGCAACCUUCAAACUGCUGUCGUUGCAUAACACCUGCCGCCGAAUCGCUUUUGCUAUUUCUAACCCUAAAAGUUGGCCGAUUUCUGCCAGUUUAAUAACCAUGGGCAAUCAGUCUUCCUCGGUUAACCCGCCUGUCCGUGGAAUGGCUUCGGAAAAUGAGGUCUUUUCCAAAGAAGAGCUCAAGAAGAGACUCACUCCGAUGCAGUAUCACGUCACUCAGGAAAGAGGAACUGAGAGAGCUUUUACCGGCAAAUACAACAAACACAGUGAGGGGGGCACUUAUUAUUGUGUCGUCUGCCAUGAAUCCCUAUUUUCCUCCGACACAAAAUUCGAGUCCGGCUGCGGGUGGCCUGCAUUCAACGACGUCCUUGACUCAGGCAAAGUCAAACUGACGAAAGACACAUCCCACGUCGGUGCCAAUCUGCUGCUUCUCAUCGCCAAUCCAGGCAUGGUGCGCACCGAGGUGAGCUGCCUGAAGUGCAACGCCCAUCUCGGACACGUCUUCGGAGACGGACCGCGGCCCACCGGCAAGCGUUUCUGCAUCAACUCGGCCUCCCUCGACUUCAAGAGCUAUGCCGACCAGAAGAAGGAAGCUUCGUAAAAGUCCAACAAGGAAAAAUAAAAUUGCAAUCAAUUUUACAUAUUCGUCCAAAAAUUUAAAAUGUAUAAUUUAAAUCAGAUUGCAAUUCAACUUGUUUCUUUGAAAUCAGCAUAAAAAUGAUCACAGUUUAUUUUUAACAACUUGUACUUAACCAGCAAUUAACUGAUGAACGAAAGGCAAAAUAUUGAAACCCCGGCAAACGUUUUUAACGCAACGCUAGUCAUAUUUUACAAGAUUAGGUGUGUACGUGAUUUGAGAUAUUUUAAGAAACGAAUGUGUUGCUUUGAUUAAUUAGUUAGAUGUCUUGCUAAUGGCCUCCUUUUUAAGGAAAUAACUAUUUAUUGCUUUGUAUACGGCCAGUGGAGUUAGGUGGAAUCAUAGAAGGUAUUUACGUUUUUGUUCCCAUGCCUUUGGGCUGGUAUAUUUUUUUCAGGCUGUCUAAUUGCUGCACUAAUCAAGCUCUAAAAUAAUCAGGGAAUGUAAAGACCAAUAAAAAAUCUGCCUAAACAGCCCUGAGGUUUGAUAAAUCAAUUUUUGUUGCUUGUUGAAUAUAAUGAAUUAUUUUGGAAAAGUUUCACUAAUUACGGACAUUGGCUCUCUACCUAAUUUUAUAUCAUAUUAAUUCCAUUGUAAGUGUCCUGUUCCUAAACAAGCACAAAUCGUUACUAAGCACUUGUAUCAAACUCAGUAAGAUUUUUACUGCGCAAUUUUGUCAAGUCCUUGCCAAUUUAAUAUAAAUGUAAAAUAAAAAACUUAUGUCUUGCUUUGUGAUGAUAAACUACUCUGGAAGUGAUACUUUUUAAAAUAUAUAGAAGUGUGGUAAUCUGAUAAUGUCUUAUUACAUGCACAAAAAAUAAAACAGAAAAACUUGAAAAACUCAUUUCUAACUUGAAUAACUUUCUGAAAUUUUAAAUGGAUUUGUAAUAAUUUGAAAACCUAAAACUUCUGUAUGCGAAGAUGAUCUGAUCAUAUAUAUUUUUAACCUUUAAUAAAAGUCUCACAAUUUUUGAA